CAUUUGGGUUCAUUUGUGAAAUAAAAAAAUGCUAGCUUAUUGUGGCAUAAAGCUCCUACCUACCGUUUGAGUGUGGAGGGCGAAGAGUGUUUGUGGAAUGACAAGAUUUUCGCUUAUGACUUAUUUUUCAAUUCCGGUUCCAAACUUCAGUGAUUUUAAUAAUCGAAUUUCUCAAAAUGACUAACGUAUGACGCUUAUGACUAGUUCACGAUAAAAUAUGCUACGUGCUAGACCGUUUGCUUAGUCACUCGGUAUAUACAAAAUUAUCGCCGUAAUAGAGACACAGUCCAAAUACAAGAGAUACCACUUUCUAUAACCUAACUUUUUAACCGCAAAAAUAUUAAUUUUAGAAAAUAAUGUGGAAUAUUAUAAAUUUGAGUUGUCGGUGUAAUAAUACUAAAAGUCAUAUUAAACUAUGGACCUCUACAAUUUUUCACAGAUCCUUUAGUGAAGAACUAGAAUUUCGCGUGCUUAACUUGAAAACCACAAGAACUCAGCAAUCUGCCCGCAAAAGAUUACAAAAACCAGAUGUAUUGCCGCCAAGAACAAAUAAAAUGCCAAUCGAUCAAGAUUGGGGUAACGUGUGGCCCGGGCCACGCUCGUUUCACCCCGCCACAGUACCGUUACCGAUCCGCCAAGGCUUCACCCAAAAGAAAGCAGCGCCACCAUCGAAAUACGCAAACGCCGAACUCAUGAAAAUACCAAACUUUUUGCAUUUAACGCCUCCAGUUAUUAAGCGUCAGUGUGAAAGUUUGAAACGCUUCUGCACUCCUUGGCCACAAGGUUUGGAGACAGACGAUAAGUGUGAGAAAUAUUUUCCGUUACACACUGCGUCAAGUAGUUACUGUUACUCUUCGCCGAGCAUUCGAGAUCCGUUGGCCAGGAUUGUAACGUUGCAAUUGAAAUUGUCCAGUUUGCAGUUAAACGAGCAUGCCAAAGACAAAUUUCGAAGAAUUGUCGGAGACCGUUACAAUGAGGAGAAUGAUGUUGUUACGAUUGUUGCGGAUCGUUGUCCACUGCGUCAACAGAAUUACGAUUACGCAAUGUAUUUACUUACUGCUGUUUAUCAUGAGUCUUGGAACGUAGAAGAGUGGGAAAAAAAUAAAUCCGAUUUGGACAUGGAGAUUUACGAUUGGAAUGUCAGCCGAUCUAAGAAGAACAUAGAAUCCAUAUUUGCUAAAUCGAGCAAUGAGAUAUUAAAGUCGGAUGUCUACUCAAAUGCUGUGACUUCAUUAAUGAACGAAGGUGAAAACGAUUACACAGUGUCAAAAUAUGGGGAAGCCGUUCGAGAACUAUUGCAACUUCCACCUUAAGUAAACGUGCAUUUGCAAAACAUACAAUACUUUUAUUUCUUCAACUGUACAUAUUAGUGGUUUAUACAUUAAAAAAAGACAAACAUUAAAUAUCUAUAUAAAAA